UCUUUAUCAUCCAUUCCUAUUAAAAUGUCUAUUCUCGUGCACAUCUGUAAGUUGACGGCACCCUGCCUCUGCUACCAAUCAGCCAUUUGGUUUAGCAGAAGUCUUGGGCUUUUUUUUUUACUCCUGCCUGCAGUCUGGUUAUUGGGCAAAUGGCAAAUGUGUGGUCUUUGCUGACCCCCACAGCCCCCCCAACCACGUAACUGUAUUACCAGCUGCCUGUUUAGACUGAUUUUGUUUGUUUGUUUGUUUGUUUGUUUGUUUGUUUGUUUUUUCCCCUUGAAACCAAUUCUCACCACAACAGGGAGUUGAAUGACCGUAUUGUUGAUCCUAAAAAAAUUUGCAAUUCCAAUGACACUAUAAACGUAACAUGAGCAUCAUUUCGCCUGCAGUUUCUAUGUAGCCAUAAGCCUCUAAUGAUUUAAAACCAUUUUCUUCACAAGUUCUCAACUCUGCUUACUGGGACUUGAAAUGAGUAGCUAGCUCUUGUUAGCUAGUUAGCGGUUAGCUGUGGUUUCUGUGUUCAUUUUGACACUCCUGAUCUGGCUGAUUUAUGCCCUUCAGCAAUACUCCCUGUGUAAUAGCCCCAGAUUUUCCCUUCCAACUGGUUACCAAUUACCGAUAUUGGCUCUUCAUCGAAGCUGUCAUGAUAUUUUGCGUUAAGCUUGAAGAAAAUUAGCUGCUUUUAUUACUGUGUAAGAGAAACUCCAUCAGUAAUUGACAGGAGGAGUGACCAAUGGAGAAAGGCACUGGAUCAUUCCAAGAGAAAAAGGGGCACAAACGGACGGUUCAUGCUGAAGGGGAAGGGAAAGGGGAGGGAUGGACUAGAAUGAUGUUACCUUUUUCUGGAGGGACUGCAUGAUGUACAUGUAUGUGUGAUUAAAUAAUUAUGAUCAAAUGUGAUGUCACAGUCUCAGUCUUCAGUUCAUCGAUUGAGAGAUGUUUGACAUUUUCAUGCAUAUCACGUGAUUUUUUUUUUUUAUUAGAGGAAAAAAGUAUGGAUGUAUAAUGACCUUUCUUUUCCACUUAAGAUCUCCUUCAGUGUUCACUCACAAACUUAGACUUUUUCAGACUGGAUGCUGGGGAUCAAACUGCAGUCGUGCUCGGCUCCUGAUCUGACAGAUAACAGAUCUCAUCAGUUGGUCUGUCACAGCUAUUACUUAAUCACUAAGUUGCAAUUAUUUAAAAUGAUCAGUUAUAUGAAAUGAUUGUAGUUCUUUAAGCCAACCGCAUUGUUUCCCACAGUUGUUGGAUUCUUUCUUGCUGCAACAAGCAAAUUAUUAAUUGGGUGGGCUGGGCUGAGGUGAACAAAUGUGAAUAAAAGAAAGUGGUUAAUGUGACAGUCAUUGAGACACAGAAUGGGUCUUAUGAAAACAGCAAAAAAACUUGGUGCUCCAACGUUUAGAGGGCAGUACGAGUAAUGUUUAUUAGCUUUAUAUCUAAUUCUGUUUUCAGUAUGUAUUAAAGCAGAAUUGCUGGACUGUACACAUGAUUCUGUGUGACUGUAGACAACAGUGUAGUCCACCAUUUCAACAACGAGUGUCGGCUCAUUUGUAAACAUUGGCUGAUUUUGCUUCCUGGCAAUUUGGCCACUUUAGCCUUGUACUUUAAUAGUUGCUUACAAUGAACAAGAAAAGACGAUUAUAUAGUUAAUCACUAUUUUUUGCAUGACAGUUAAUCAUCGGCUAAAGGUUAAUGAUCCUGAAGGCGUACUAAUUGUUCAGGUGUCUGAUUUUUAUAAACAGUACUCGGUCAGGGUUGGAUCUAAACUCUGCAUGUGCAGUAUAUCGGGUGAGAACAGUAAUGGAAUCUUAGAUGUAUCUCUUAAAAAAAACAAAACUUUUUUAGUAUUAAACAUUUCUGAAAACGUAAGGAAUGAAUGAUCAAAUAUGUAGUUUUCAUAGUUUUUUCAGAAUAUCUGCAUAAUCAAAUAAUUAAGAUGUAAACAGCCAUUUAGAGUGGAUUAAUGUGAAAUGCUGCGUUCUAGAUAACUACUGAAUCAGUUGUUUACAGUGGUGGUGAUGGGAACCUGACAUCUGAAGACGGCAACACAAAGUUAUUACAUGAAACGGUUACAGAUAUACUUACUGCCUUAUGCCUGAGACUUUGUUUAAUGAAAUUUUAAGAAGGGCUAAAAAAGGUCUGAAAAAUGCAGGGUACAGAGGAACAGUCCUAUGCAAAAGUUUGGGUGCCCCUGUUCAGAUUACAUGUUUUGUUGAUUUUGUAAAUUAAAAUAAGAAAAGUAAGUUACAGAAAAUUGAAAAAAAAAAAAUACAAAACGUGGCUGGUGCAAAGGUUAUGGCACAUUUAAAUUCUGUUUUAUUAAAUUAUGUUUAUCAGCAAAUUAACAGCAAUCAGCAAAACGUGUUGACCAAGGGUGUUCAAACUUUUGCACACUACUGUAUAGGCAAGAUGUUGCAGAUCAAAGCAGUCUACAUUUUUUUUUAGAUUUAAUAUUACAUAUAAAAACACUCGUAGGUUCACUGGUGGUUUUCGAUAGUAUAAAAUUGUCUGUAUUUGUGCUGUAGACAUGGUGACCCCUGGUUCCCUUUACGACCAUCCUGAAGAAAUCCGAGAGAAGAAUCGGUGGAGCCCCUUUAAUGUGUGGAUUAUUUAAUAGGUUAAAUCGUUUGUUCAGGCGCGAGAAGCAAAAACAGCUGAAGUGCUGUGAUCCUCCUCAGUCGUGUUCUACUGCGCCUGCGUGGACUCUGUCUGCAGUACAUUAAUAUGACCACUGGGGGGCUCCAGCACUAAAACCGCCAGCUCCGUUCUCCUUAUAAACACGCAGCUGAUCGCUACAGUCAGCAGCCGCUGUCACUCGACCGCGGGCGAGUAAGACAGCCAGCCUUGUCUUCACCAAGCAGACCUUACCCAGGUGGUUCCAGGCUCCAUGGUGAUCUCCCAGAUCACACCCUCUCUCUACCUGAGUGGUGUGGAGGCCGUGAACCCAGCUGCUCUCGCUCACAGGCGGGUUACUCUGCUGGUUCUCGCCACAGAUGAGCUGCUGUUUCCAGAGCCUGCGGGUGUGGAGCUUGUCCGUGUUCCUGUCCGGGAUGAACCACACGCCACUCUCGCCCAGCACUUCGACGCCGUGGUGGAGCGAAUCCAGCAGAACCACAGCGGCAGCACGCUGGUGUGCUGCGCCGCAGGCAGGAGCAGGUCUCCAGCGCUCGUCAUGGCCUUCCUCAUAAAGAACGAAGGGCUCUCUUUGCUGCAGGCGCACCAGCGGGUUCUGGAGGCCCGGCCGUUCAUCCGGCCCAACGCUGGCUUCUGGAGGCAACUGCAGGAGUACGAGCGGCAGCUGCGGCACUGCAACAGCGUGAGGAUGGUGGCCACCUCACAAGGAGUGCUGCCCGAGGCAAUAGGACAAACACAUGACGGUCCAUACUGCCUGAACGUUUAACAUGGCUCAGUUCCAGUCUUGUUCUCACAUAUUUGAUCCAGACAGUUAAGAGAAUAACAUGUUUCACAUUUUCAGCAUAAUUCAGUUGUUAAGAUGUGAACUUAAUCAUUCAGAGGUUUGAUGUGAAAUAUGCAGCCUGAUGCUUGAGACCUUGUUUCAUGAUAGUUUUGAGGGUAGGUUUUGGCCUAAAAUGUUGAUGAAUAACGUCUGUUCAGGGCAGAGUGGCAUACGCAGGGCAUUGUAAGUUGACACAGUUCCCCAAGAAAAGUAAUUUUUUCAGAUUUACCACUAUUUCACCAUUAACAUUACAUAGAUAGAAGCCACGUGUAGCUUCACUGGUAAAAAAAAAUGACUAUAGAUUAUUUGUAGGUUUCUGAGUUUUUUUUUUUUUUAUAGUGCACCAUUUCACACCAAACCACUCUGAAUUACUUUGUUUACAUCUCAAAUACUAAACUAAGCAGAAUCAGUGGGACUCCAGCACUGAGAACAGCUGGUGUUGGCUAAGUUGUGUAAAAGAAGUCACAGACUACACUCACUAGCUACCAGGCUAAUCCAACUCAGCACCACAGCUGUCCAGCUGCAGUUUGCAAAUUUCUUUUCCUCUGAUGAGAAGCAGAAACUAAAUGUCUACAGGCCUGUACUGAAGCCAUAGACAUGUUAAUUGAUCACAUGCAAAGGACAGGCAGUUGAACAAAGACAGGCUGUAGCAUCAUCUGAAUUAAAAUAUUAUUAACGUACAGAUGGUUUUCACAGUUGUGACUUCAUAUCCAGAGAAUAUCGAAUGUGCUACCUAAUGUGUGUCCAGAUGCAUUUGAAGCUCACUAAUUGCUCAUGUUGGUCAUUUUCAGAAAGCAGCUGAAUAUUUAACAGAUGAUUGUGUAAACAGCUGGAACCAGAGAGAAUGACCUACUGCAGUACCAUCUGUGUACUCUAGAGGACGCAAGCUUCUGGUUUUAAAAUCCUGUGCUUACAUGCAAUUUGUGUUUGGUGUGGGUGUUUUAUUUUGGUUCCUUCAGGGCUUAAGACUGGUGUCCUUGGAAAACAAGCUAAAACUGCAAUGUUGCUGAAGCUUAAAUUGUGAACAUCUUUGAAAGGUGCUGAAAGACCUUCACUUGAAGAUGCCAUGUUUUGUGUAAAUGCUGCCCUGUUUACACAAAACACUCCAUCCAGAAAUCAGCUGUGGAGCAAAGCAGCCCCAGCAAUCCUGUUUGAAUAAAUGAACAGAUUACUGUAUUACAAGUCUAAUACAGCAAAUACAGAGAAUGUGGAGUGAACAGUACAGACAUUUGUAUAGAUAAUCAGGGCUACAUACCCAUCGUAGAAAAGACAGUGACAGUAGAAACUUUUUCAUGUUUAUUUCUAAUAUAAAUCUUUUUCUGUUCUUGCAUACUAAAGAAUAUGACUGGGGCAGGGGAGGGGACCCAAAGCAGGAUGUCACUUAGGGCCCCUAAAUGUUCAGAAACUGCAGUGACUGAUAUGACCUGCGCAGUGUUUGGAGGUGUCCGAGUGAUUCUGCGAAGAUACGAUUGCUUGGUUACCAAAGUAAUUCAGAUUAAUUGUGAUGUGAAAUGAUGGAGAAACAUAUCAGUUCACAUUUCGCAGAGGUGGUGAUGGGUAUUUAGUACCUAAAACUACAAGUGAACCUACACGUCUUCUGCAUUGUUAUACGUAAUGUUGAUAAGACCGUGGCAAAUUUGAAAAAGCAAGUUUUCUUUGGGGACUAAUUUGCCUGAAAACGCUUUGCAUGCACUCUUUUGCGCCAUGAAUGAAUUCAAUAAAAUAUUUCAGGCCAGAAGCUUCUCAAAACUAUCAUAAAACAGUCUGAGGCAUCAGGCAACGUAUCUGCAGCCAUUUCAUGUAAUAACUUUUGAAUUAGUUUUCAGAGGCUUUAAACUCUUCAGACGUCUAGUUCCCAUCACCAUGAAUUCUCCCUUCAAGACUAAACCAAAAGCUAGAUCCCAAACUCAGACUCUCCUACUGAGCUCUUUCACCUUACGGCUUUAGUUCUACCUUUUACUCUGCCUUCUUACUAGACUUACUUCUAUGGCCUUUAGAAACUGGAUCCAGUUCUAAGCACCCAGAAAAGAAAGAGAUGGAGAGACAGGUUUGUGCUGGUCGAACACUUAAUGCCCUGGCUUUAUUGAACAUUUUUCUUCAUAUGUAGUCAAUUUUUUUUUCCAAGAAUUUAAUCUUCCAUGUGGGACUAGGGAGGGAGGGAGAACAUCAAAAACAAACCAAAAAAACAAAAACAAAACCUCAAGAGUUGAUUAUGCCUUGUAAUGGGCAUUCAGAUCAUGGUACAUACAAAAGAACAACUCAGAGUAGCCUUGUGAAGUACCGUCCUCUUCACGGAAGAGAGCUCACGCAGUUCCCAAAGGAAGGCACCACAACGUCUGGUGGCUCUGGAGAAUUCUUACAGGAAAUAAUAAACAAA